GGCUAUUACGGCGGACAUGUAACCUUACUUUGCAGUAGCUAUGUGCAAGGCUGUGCUGAAGCAGCUGAACCGCGACUCUUCGUCUUUCUAGGACGCCGUUCUUUAGGCGAAAUGUCAAAGCUAUCCGGCAUCCUGUAUAUACUGGUGCUGUCUUGCGCGUUUGCGAUUUGGCCAAUCAAUGGCACAGAAGUCUGCAACGUAUGCGUGGAGCUGUAUGACAUACAAGGGGACCUCGGAGUCGGAGGGAAGCAGUGUUCAGCGCUGGCAGCGAGGCUAACAGGGUUUUACACGGAUGAUGCUGAUAUGCCCUUUGGUCUUUUGACCAAAUUUGAAUGCGUGGAUCAGUCUCCUGUGCGCUUGCUGGCAUGCGCGACAGCAGGGGAGGCCGACGUCUCAUUGUUGGCGGAUUAUUUCUGGCAAACGGGAACGAUAUUCGACUUCUACAUUGGAGACCGAUUUGACUUUAAACCUAUUGCCUGCAAGGACGUGGGCCGUGUGCCGGACAAGAACAUAACCAUCAGGUCGCCGUGCGUGCCG